ACUGUCACCGGAUGCCGGAAGCGGGAACGGAAACUGAGCUGCAGAGAAGGAGGAAAAAUACAACAAAACGAGCGGCGUCCACGGAGUUGAAUUUGGGCGAGGGCUGGCUGCGAGGUGACGCAUUCCCCCGCCAUCUCUGAAAGGAUCCUCUUCCCCCGGCCUGGGGGAGGAUGACGGCUCUGCAGGGAGACUGGACCGGGGAGGGCUCCGGGGCACGGUGAGGUGCCUCAUGCAGGACAAAUGCCACAUGAGCUGUCCUCUAGAGUAAAGAUAACCAAGCAAGUGUAGGAAUCAUGCCGCCUAGGCCUUCUUCUGGAGAAUUAUGGGGGAUCCACUUGAUGCCCCCCAGAAUACUGGUAGACUGUUUAUUACCAAAUGGGAUGAUGGUGACUUUAGAAUGCAUUCGAGAAGCUACUCUUGUCAACAUUAAACAUGAAUUAUUUAAAGAAGCCCGGAAAUACCCUCUUCACCAUCUGCUUCAAGAUGAGUCCUCUUAUAUUUUUGUCAGCGUUACACAAGAGGCAGAAAGAGAGGAAUUCUUUGAUGAAACACGCCGCUUAUGUGACCUUCGACUGUUCCAGCCUUUUCUUAAAGUAAUUGAGCCUGUAGGAAAUAGGGAAGAGAAAAUUCUAAAUCGAGAAAUUGGUUUUGCCAUAGGAAUGCCAGUCUGUGAAUUUGACAUGGUGAAGGAUCCAGAGGUUCAAGAUUUUAGGAAAAAUAUCCUAAAUGUUUGUAAAGAUGCCGUUGAACUUCGUGAUGCAAAUGGCCCCAUUAGCAGAGCACUUUACGUUUACCCACCUAAUGUAGAAUCUUCCUCAGAGCUUCCCAAGCACAUAGAAAGCAAACUAGACAAAGGGCAAAUCAUUGUAGUGAUUUGGGUCAUUGUGUCUCCCAACAAUGAGAAACAGAAGUACUCUUUGAAGAUUAACCAUGACUGUGUACCAGAACAUGUAAUAGCAGAAGCAAUAAGGAAAAAGACGAGAAGUAUGUUACUGUCCACUGAACAGCUAAAGCUUUGUGUCCUUGAAUACCAGGGAAAGUAUAUACUAAAAGUAUGUGGCUGUGAUGAAUACUUGCUGGAAAAGUAUCCACUAAGUCAAUAUAAGUAUAUAAGAAGCUGCAUAAUGCUUGGCCGGAUGCCUAAUUUAAUGUUAAUGGCAAAAGACAGCUUGUAUAACCAGAUUCCAGUUGACACCUUUACAAUGCCAUCUUACUCGAGACGAAUUUCAACAGCAACACCAUACAUGAACGGAGAAGCCUCUGCUAAAUCAUUGUGGGCCAUCAACAGCAAUCUCCGAAUAAAAAUUCUCUGCGCGACAUAUGUCAAUGUGAACAUUAGAGAUAUUGACAAGAUCUAUGUCCGAACUGGUCUAUUUCAUGGAGCUGAGCCAUUGUGUGACAACGUCAACACUCUGAGGGUUCCCUGUUCAAAUCCCAGGUGGAAUGAGUGGCUUCCAUAUGACAUGUACAUCCCUGAUCUGCCCCGAGCAGCUCGCCUCUGUUUGUCCAUUUGUUCUGUGAAGGGUAGAAAGGGUGCCAAAGAGGAACACUGUCCGUUGGCCUGGGGCAAUAUAAACUUGUUUGAUUAUACAGACACACUCGUUUCUGGGAAAAUGGCCUUGAACUUGUGGCCAGUGCCUCAUGGACUUGAAGACCUACUAAACCCUAUUGGUGUUACAGGGUCCAACCCAAACAAGGAAACGCCUUGCUUAGAGCUUGAAUUGGACUGUUUCAGUAGCCCAGUAAAAUUCCCUGAUAUGCCAACGAUAGAAGAUCAUGCAAAUAAAGUUUUGGAAAGAGAAAUGGGCUACAAUUACAGCCAUUCCGGACUGUCUAGUAGAAUAGCAAGAGAUAAUGAAGUCCGAGAGAGUGAUAAAGAGCAGCUCAAAGCCAUUUCUGCCCGGGACCCUCUCUCUGAAAUUACUGAGCAAGAAAAAGAGUUUCUUUGGACCCACAGGCAUUAUUGUCUGAAUACCCCUGACAUCCUCCCUAAGCUGCUUCUGGGUGUGAAAUGGAAUUGCAGAGAUGACGUUGCACAGAUGUACUGCCUUCUUAAAGACUGGCCUGCAAUCCGACCUGAGCAAGCAAUGGAACUGCUGGAUUUCAAUUACCCAGAUAGGGUAGUACGGUCAUUUGCAGUUACAUGUCUUGAGAAGUAUUUGACCGAUGACAAACUGUCACAGUAUUUAAUUCAACUUGUACAGGUUCUUAAGUAUGAACAAUACUUGGACAAUUUACUAGUGAGAUGUCUACUGAAGAAAGCACUAACUAAUCAAAGAAUUGGACAUUUCUUUUUCUGGCAUCUAAAGUCAGAAAUGCACAACAAAACCGUGAGCCAGAGGUUUGGUUUAUUGCUGGAAUCAUACUGCCGAGCCUGCGGCAUGUACCUCAAGCAUCUGAGUAGACAAGUGGAGGCCAUGGAAAAACUCAUUAACCUCACAGAUAUCCUCAAGCAGGAGAAGAAAGAUGAGCCUCAUAAGGUCCAAAUGAAAUUUCUAGUUGAGCAAAUGAAGAGACCAGAUUUCAUGGAUGCAUUACAAGGCUUUACCUCACCUCUCAACCCUGCUCACCAGCUAGGAACACUCAGGCUAGAAGAGUGCAGAAUAAUGUCUUCUGCAAAAAGGCCACUCUGGCUUAACUGGGAAAAUCCAGAUAUUAUGUCUGAGAUGCUGUUCCUGAAUAAUGAGAUCAUCUUUAAGAAUGGAGAUGACUUGCGGCAAGAUAUGUUGACUCUUCAGAUUUUGAGAAUUAUGGAAAACAUUUGGCAGAAUCAAGGACUUGAUUUACGGAUGCUGCCAUAUGGUUGCCUCUCUAUUGGAGACUGUGUGGGACUUAUUGAGGUGGUGAGAUGCUCGCAUACUAUUAUGCAAAUUCAAUGUAAAGGAGGACUCAAAGGUGCACUGCAGUUCAACAGUCAUGCAUUACACCAGUGGCUCAAGGAUAAAAACAAGGGAGAACUGUAUGAUGCCGCUAUCGACUUGUUCACACGAUCGUGUGCUGGUUAUUGCGUUGCCACUUUUAUUCUUGGAAUUGGUGAUCGGCACAAUAGUAACAUAAUGGUGAAGGACAACGGGCAAUUGUUUCACAUAGAUUUUGGGCACUUUCUGGAUCACAAAAAGAAAAAGUUUGGGUACAAGCGAGAGCGGGUUCCAUUUGUGUUAACGCAGGACUUUCUAAUAGUCAUCAGCAAGGGGAUUCAAGAAUGCACAAAAACCAGGGACUUUGAAAGGUUUCAAGAAAUGUGUUACAAAGCCUAUUUGGCAAUACGUCAGCAUGCCAAUCUUUUUAUCAACCUCUUUUCCAUGAUGCUUGGCUCUGGAAUGCCUGAACUGCAGUCUUUUGACGACAUAGCCUACAUCAGAAAGACACUAGCCUUGGAAAAAUCCGAACAGGAAGCGCUGGAAUAUUUCAUGAAACAGAUGAAUGACGCCCAUCAUGGCGGAUGGACAACAAAAGUAGACUGGAUCUUCCACACAAUAAAGCAACGUGCUUUGAACUGAGCAGCAAGCCUGAAGCAGGCUGUAACUUGCCACCCACAUUGUGGGUUCCUCACUGCACUGUUAUUACAGGCGGGCAGCAAAGACCGGCUGCAUGGGAAUUGCACAAGCCACCGAGAGCGUUUCGAUUACAACAGCAGCUACAUGAUUGCCCCAGAACCAUUAACACUAACAGGGUCUACAACAACACUAAAGGAAAGCAUUUCAAAAGCUACAGUCUGGAUUUCAGAUGUUUUGCCUUAAGGUCAAACAGGAGGCUAUCCUCUUACCUUGAAUUUUAGUACCCAAUGUAUAUGGUCAUGGUCUAUUUGAUACAAAUAGAAGUUUGGCAUAGAGAAAUAUUUUUGUGAUUCCCAUGUGUGUUUUGGAUUGCUGACUUUUGAAUCUUGGUGCAGUAAUACACUAGAAACCAGACAGAAAGGACCUUCCUUCCUAAAUGCCUCACAGUAUUGUUCAAUUGCAAUGCAACUAUAGAUGCGCUUAACAGGUGUCCAUUUUUAUUUUUCCUUAAUGUGAUACCAUUUGUCUUGUGAGAAGGAGGGUUCCAUCACUGUCUUUCUCUAGCAUUAUGACUUUCUUUUU